AUCCCAACCUUAUUCCCUUAACAAAACCAACUCUCACCUCAAAUACUUCCCAUUCUCUCUUUUGAAAUCACUACACAACACCAAGAAAUCCAAAUCUAAUUCCUUAUCUCGUUUGAUAUCCUGAUUUCUACUCUCUCAGUUUCCACUCUAUUGUAUAUCUGUAUAUGUAUGUAUGUGAUGAACUGAUGAUAUUUGCAUUUGCUUUUAUAGUUUGCUUGGUCACCAAGUAACGACAAAGGGAAACAGUUUCUAGCUUUUUCUUGGCUGAUUUUUCAGAAUUCGUUAUACUCACCCACACACCAAAAUUCUGGUACACCAUGAUUUUUCCAAGGUUUUGUACGAAUCUAAAAGGUAUGGCUUUUAUAGAUUCUCAACUUUAUCUUGAUCACACAGGUAAAAGAUUCUGAAAUCUGUGCACCUUGUGAAUCAAAGCUCUAUAAUUUCUUCCUUUCUGUGUUUCUGUGAGCACCCUUUUCUAGUUCCUCUCCAUUUCCAUCUCUUUAGGAACUUAAUUCAACUAAGUUUUUGUAUGCUUGUGGCUUGAGAUAUGGAAUUGGAAACCAUCUACCCUCCUUGUUUUAUGCCAAAUUCAAAUUGGUUUGUGCAAGAGAGCCACAGCACAGAGUGGACUAGAGAAGAUAACAAGAAGUUUGAAAGUGCCCUUGCUAUAUAUGACAACGACACCCCAGAUAGAUGGUUCAAGGUGGCAGCUAUGAUCCCUGGGAAGACUGUGUUUGAUGUGAUCAAGCAGUAUAGGGAACUGGAAGAAGAUGUGAGUGAAAUCGAAGCCGGGCGUGUUCCAAUUCCUGGCUAUCUUGCCUCUUCUUUCACCUUUGAGCUGGUUGACAACCACAACUAUGAUGGAUGCAGAAGAAGGCUUGCACCUGUCAGAGGCUCUGAUCAAGAGAGAAAGAAAGGAGUCCCAUGGACUGAAGAUGAACACAGACGUUUUCUGAUGGGACUUUUAAAGUAUGGUAAAGGAGACUGGAGAAAUAUCUCUCGCAAUUUUGUGGUCACUAAGACUCCGACACAAGUUGCUAGCCAUGCACAAAAGUACUACAUAAGGCAAAAGGUUUCUGGAGGGAAAGAUAAAAGGAGACCAAGCAUUCAUGAUAUAACCACUGUUAAUCUUACAGAAACUUCUGCAUCAGAUAAGAACAAGCCUCAGUUAUUUAAUGCGUCUCCUGUGCUUGCACCACAGCAGAAGCUGAAUAGCAUAUCAAAGGUACAGCUGGGCUGGACUAGUAGCCACUACAAUGAUGGAUCAUUCAUGGUUUUCAACCCAAAUAGUGAUGCCUUGUUUGUGUCAUCUUCACCUGAUGUCACUUCUAUGGCCCUGAAAAUGCAAGGGCAAGAUCUCUAUGACUGUGCUUUACAUGAGGCUUAUGCCAAGGUAAAAGUUCCAGGUUUCAGCAUGGCUCCUAGAGACUUCAAUAAUGAAGCUGUUUUUGGUAUUCAUGCACUGUAAUGCCAACCCUGAUGAUGUUAAACAAAGAAAAUUCCACGUCAUAGAUCAUUGUUCUGUAGGAUUAAUGUAGAUGACCAUAAGCUAGCUAGCUACUUUGUUCAUGGUUAGUGAACAACCUAAAAGAAAACUAGAAUAAUGUUUCAAUCCUUAAAAACUGAAUUUGGAAUGAACUUAUUUUAAAGUUUUCCUCUUUAUGUCUA